AUGGACUCCUCAAGGUCUGUUAAGAAGCAAGAUGGAUCUUUAGCUGGAUCACAUGGCCCAAUUGGCCAUCUCCCAGAAGGUUUAACAAAACCUGACCAGGUUGCCCCUUUCACCUUCUUGCAACCUCUUCCCCUAUCCCCAGGGGUCCUCUCCACCACUCCAGAUCAUUCCUUUAGUGUAGAGCUGGGCAGCAAAGUGGAUAUCUCUGAAGGAGGUAGGAAGCCAGACUCUACUGCUUACAUUGCCAUGAUCCCGCAGUGCAUAAAGGAGGAAGACGCUCCCUCAGAUAAUGAGAAUGGCAACUGUAUGAGCCCAGAGUUCUACCUGGGCUCUCCCCAGCAUAGCCCCUCUGCCAGGGGCUCCCCAAAUAGAAGCCUCCCAUCUCCAGGUGUCCUCUGUGACUCUGCCCGCCCCAAACCUUAUGACCCUCCUGGAGAGAAAAUGGUAGCAGCGAAAGUAAAGGGUGAGAAAAUGGAUAAGAAACUCAAAAAAAUGGAGCAAAACAAGACAGCAGCCACUAGGUACAGCCAGAAGAAGAGGGCGGAGCAGGAGGCCCUCACUGGGGAGUGCAAGGAGCUGGAAAAGAAGAACAAGGCUCUAAAAGAGAGGGCAGAUUCCCUGGCCAAGGAGAUGCAAUACCUGAAAGAUUUGAUAGAAAAGGUCUGCAAGGCAAGGGGAAAGAAAAGGGUCCCCUAGUUGAGGGUAGUCAGGAGCGCAAGGUGCUUGUACAUAGGAGUCUCUCGCUGUAGCUGUGUGUUCGAAUAAAUUAUUUUGUAGUGAAA